UUAGGUGAUGUUAUGCUUGCAGACAGUCAUUCAAGGGAAGAUACUUUCAAACGUUUACAAACUAUGCGGCUUUCUGCAUUAGAAAAUGUAUUAGUCUAUGUAAUUGGAGGUGUUUAUACUCUUCACUGGUUGACGAAUCAUUGCUAUUGUUUGCAGAAGCACAAUAUAAAUAAAAACAAUAAAAGUGUAUUAUCAGAAUCCGUCAUAAAUAACAGUCAACAGGCAGACGGGAAGAACGAUCCAUUUUAUAGUGAAAUAUUCGAGAACAGGGCUACAUAUUUUCCUGAAUGGAUUAAUAGUGAAUAUGAACUUUUAAUUUCAGAACCACUGGUAGAGGAUUCACCUAUUGAUAUAUUUAAGACUAACGUUUCUUCUAUUACCGGACUUAACCUCAAGAGAGAUGUCCGCGAACGGGGUUUAACUCAUGAAGAAGAGAUGAAGCUUCUUUUUCUUCAUAAUUUAUAUCGGGGAAAUGUAACACCACCUGCUGCUAACAUGGCCUUCAUGGAAUGGGAUGAAGAACUUGCAGAACUGGCUCAAAAAUGGUCCGACGGAUGCACAUUUAAACAUGGCAUGCCGCAGCAUAAUUACCCGGAUUCAGUAGGACAAAAUUUGUUCAAAGGCUUUGAUCCAACUGGUCAAGAUGGAGUAUGGCUGUGGUUUGAUGAAUACCAUGAUUAUGAUUUAAGAAAGGGGUUCUGUCUCCCUGAUAAAAAGUGUGGCCAUUACAUACAAAUGGCUUGGGCCGAAAGUUCGAAAUUAGGAUGUGGUAUGAAGAAAUGUGGCAUUCAGUACCUUGUCACUUGCCAUUACAGUCCCAGGUAUAAUGCCUUCAAAGGAACUCAAAUGUUUCUCGUUGGAAAACCUUGUUCUCAGUGCAAUGAACCAGGAUCUAUAUGCUACAAAAACCUGUGUAUAACAAAAGAGCAAUGUAAAAGAAAUCCAAAGGAAUGCGCUGAAGCGAAGUGCAAUUUGAAAUGCCACAACUGCGGUCUAUUGGAUAAAGAAAAUUGUAAAUGUAACUGCCCUGAUGGUUGGGACUCACCUGAUUGUUCUAAGCUAUGCGAAGACAAGCAUGAUCGCUGCGGCAAAAGUCCUGGAUGGCCAACGAAACAGACAUGUUCUAUGCAAAAAUUUCAGGUGGCAAUGAAUUACUGCCGGAAGAUGUGCGGGUCAUGCCAAAGCUUUGAGGAGAAUAAUAUGAUCAACGUUUGCUGUAAAGGAAUCUUUUGCCAGAAUGGUUACGUUCUAGAUAUGGACAGAAAACCAUGUAGAUGUCAUUUGCUUUGUCCAGGGCCUGACUGCGAUAUCGAUCCGUCUUCAGCUUCUGCUCUUCAGACUCAUGCGCUGUGGCUGAUAGUGGCAUUUGUGUUUCUCAAAGUUGUAACAUUCUGUUUAUGAAUCUGUAUUCUUUAAGUUAAUAAAUUUUGCGAAUUAUAAA